AUGGCAUCAACAAUGGCCACCGGCCCCUCCUCUCUCGCAGGGCACCACCAACUUCCAGCACACCCUGGCUAUGCUCGUACCACCUCCGCCCCCACCACAGCAACCUCCACUCUCCCCUCUCGACCGCGACCAGCUUCCACCAUUGCAUCUAAGCAACCCGCUGUCACCACCGCCACCUCGGCAGCUGCUACCAAAACUUCCGGUGCGGCGGCAACAACAACGAGCAAGUCUAAGAAACCACCUCUUCCACCUCCCCCGAAAGUCAUCAUCGAUUCAGAAGGAAGAGCGUUUAAACGUGGUGAUUUGUUAGGACAGGGAGGAUUCGCAAGAGUCUACCAAGCGACAGACCCCGCCGGCAACCAUAAAGCUUUCAAAGUGAUUGCCAAAUCUGCCAUUAUCAAGUCUCGCAAGAAUCGUCAAAAGAUCCUCGCCGAGAUUAUGAUCCACAAAUCAGUUGACCAUAUCCACGUAGUCAAGUUCGAAGACUGUUUCGAAGACGAUUCCAACGUCUAUUUCCGCUUGGAACUCUGCCGAAACGGAUCCCUCAACGAUAUUGUAAAAAAGCGCGGGCCUUACACUGAGCCCGAAGCGAGAUAUCUCAUGGUUCAGAUCCUCGCUGGAACCCAGAACCUCCAUCAGAAUAGCAUUAUUCAUCGAGACUUGAAGCUGGGUAACAUCUUCCUGGAUGAGAACAUGCACGUUAAGAUCGGAGAUUUUGGUUUGGCUGCACUGCUCAAGCAUCCAGAGGAGAGGAAGAAGACGGUUUGUGGUACCCCGAACUACAUCGCACCCGAAAUCCUGUAUGAUCAGGGACAAGGACAUAGUUUCGAGGUUGAUAUUUGGAGUGUGGGGGUGAUCAUGUAUACGCUGUUGGUGGGGAAACCACCGUUUCAGACGCCGAAAGUCGACGAGAUUUACGAACGCAUUCGUCAAAACGCCUACGAGAUUCCUAUCAGUGCUGGGCUUAGUACGGAGGCGAUUGAUCUUAUCACCCGCAUCCUUACGCAUAACCCAGCACAGAGACCUACGUUGGUGCAGAUCAUGCAUCAUGCUUGGUUCCAGUGCGGUCCUGUUCCACUCACGAUCCCGUCGACGGCGAUUGAGGGAACUCCUUUCCUCCCGCCCAUUACUGCGCGAGAGUCCGCUCGCAACUUGGAGCUGUUGAAGAGACAGGCAUGCUGGGAUGAUAGGGCGGAUGAUCUUAUCGAAGAUUCUCCCAUUGGUGGAGAAGUGUACAGUGAUGCACAACAAGAGCCGGUGGAGGUCUUGGCAGAUGCAAGGAGCGAAUUGGAACAAGCUGAAAUGGCCGAAGAGAGGAGGGAGAAGAUGGAUAGAGAGUUCCAUCAUGCGAUCCAACCAGAGUCGCCCAUCAGUGCCUUGUUGAAGGCGGGUAGACAACCUUUGAUCAAGGCUCCCACUGCUCCACCGCAGAGUUUUGCAAGAGGGGCGGCCAACUCUCUCGCCAAACAACUCUCUUCCUUGACUCUCUCACGAGGCUCGGAACCAACAGGAGCUAUGGGUGGAGCGGUGGGGGAUAAAGAGAAUGCAAAUCCAAUGGCUCCUCCUCCUCCUGCUGUGGGGAAGGCUGAGUUCGGAAGGAUGUAUUCGAGGAACGGAAACGCGAUGCCUCAACAUCAGCAGCAGGAUAGUGCGGCGUUGCAACACAAGACUCUUCUUGUUACUUCAACUUCUUCUGCUACCACUACCGCUGGUCUCACUCGCCCCCUCUCUAUUGCCUCUUCCAUCCACGAUCCCCAGCAGCAGUGUGGUAGUGGUCUCCCUCCCUCAUCCUCCCGUGCGACGCUCGCUUCAAACGGAAGCUCAACCGCCCUCGCACCUGGAGCCAAGAAAACAAAGACCUCAAUCGAAGUCAUUAUCUCCCAUCUCGAAUCUGCCCUUCUCUCCCUCGAUUCCAACACACUCUACACUCCACCUCCCACUUCCGCAGCCGAAUCCAUCCGCUUCAUCGAAAAAUCCUGCCAACUCAACGGAACACGCAUCCACCCCGAAUCGCCCAAGACAUUCCUCAUCUCCUGGCUAGACCAUUCCGAACGCUACGGUCUCGGUUAUGCCCUCAGUGACGGUACUGUUGGUGUGUACUUCCGCGAUGCUACAUCUAUGGUGUUAUCAGCGAGCAAAAAGUAUGUUGAUUACAUCUCAACGAUUCGUAAUACACCCAAGCCCGCCAACGGCGCAGUAGGGGGGAGAACGGAUCAGUUGAAGAGAGAAAACUUCAUCAUCCCUGCUCAAAACUCGACUCCUGGGGGUGAAGAGAACGGUACAGUACCCAAAGAGCUGCAUUCGAGGGUGAGGGUGAUGAAAUACUUUGAAAAAGAAAUCAUGGAUCGUCUAUACGGCGCCGACUCUCCCCUAACCUUUUCCGACGUUGAGAAGACCACGGGGAUGACGUUCGUUCAUAAAUGGUACAAAACAAAAGAUGCGAUCGUUUUCCGCCUUUCAAACGGUACGGUCCAGCUUAAUUUCUACGACCACACAAAGGUGUUCCUCACGCAUGGUGGUCAGGUGGUAAGCGUUAUCGAACCACUAGAUAAGACUGGAGGUGUGCCGAGGAUGACAAGUUGGACGUUAGCAGAGCUCGUUUCUAUCGCCUGCACCGAUCGAAGUGCGAGGGAGGCGGAAGAGGAGGAGAGGCGAAGAUUCAACCUAGGCGCCGCGGAAGGUGAGGAGAGGGUAUACAAGACUAGACCGGCGGAGAGAAGGAAGGUAAGGGGUCUGGUGACAAAGUUGAGGUAUGCGAUGGAGGUGUUGCAUACUACAGUGCAGAGUAGGAGUGGGUCAGCCACUAGCACUGCCGCUGCGCAGUGA